UCAAAAUCAGAAUAAAAAAAACAUUCACUUGUGAUUUGUACUUUUUGACUUUUUCCAUCAUUUUUUAGAUUUUUGUAAAUUUUUGUACUUUUGACGAUUUGUCUUUCUUAUUAGCCAGUUGCGAAAUUAUCGUGUCAAUCUGAACGUAAUACAGAAGAAACUAUUCGCAGUAAAGAAGAGGAAUUUCCGGAGACCCGCGACACAUUCAGAAUGGCACAUCCUCAACGCGAUGCCACGAUCCCUGCGGACGCUCCCACUACUUUCGCGAUGGAUAAGCAUACGAACUAUCUAGAGCGCUAUGGCGAAGAUGUGGACGCGUACGAAUUCUCCAUGGCCGAGUACCUCCGCAUCUCGGGCAUGUACUGGACCGUAACUUGUCUGGAUCUCCUGCACGCUCUCCACGCCUCGUCGCGUUUCACGCGCGACGCCGUCAUCCGCUACGUGAAGAGCUGCCAGACGCCCUCGGGGGGCUUCGCGCCCCAUCCCGACCACGACGAGCACCUGCUGCACACUCUGUGCGCCGUCCAGAUCCUCGUCACCUUCGACGCCCUGGCGGAGAUUGAUGUCGACGGUGUCAGCCGCUUCGUGGUGGGUCUGCAGCAGGAGAACGGGAGUUUCGCGGGCGAUCGCUGGGGCGAAGUGGAUACGCGCUUUUCCAUGUGUGGACUGGCGUGUCUGGCGUUGUUAGGGCGGUUGGAGCAGUGCCAGCGGGAGAAGGCUGUGGAAUAUAUCCGGCAGUGUCAGAAUUUUGACGGCGGUUUCGGGACGUCGCCCGGUGCGGAGUCGCAUGCGGGGAUGAUUUAUUGCAGUGUGGGAUCGUUGGCCAUUUUGGGCCGGUUGGAUAUUGUGGAUGCGGAUAAGCUGGGAUUGUGGCUGGCGAAACGGCAGCUGCCUAGCGGUGGUCUUAACGGAUCAAGUACAUCGUUGCGAAUUUUGGUAAGAGAUUUGUCUAGCUUUCGUUGUUGCCGUUUUGUAGGACGGCCUGAGAAGCUGCCAGAUGUUUGUUAUUCGUGGUGGGUGUUGGCAUCGUUGGCGAUAAUCGGCCGGCUGCACUGGAUCGACGAGAAGAAACUUAUCUCUUUCAUUCUGGCCAGUCAGGAUGUGGAGCUGGGCGGCGUCGCCGAUCGACCCGGCAACCUGGCUGAUCCAUUCCAUACGCUGUUCGGUGUGGCCGGAUUGUCGCUAUUGUCGUCUUCCCUACUCUCAGCUGGCGAUUCGAGUCAGACUCACACAUUCCUGGGCAAUAUUAAGACAGUUAAUCCAGUCUUCUGCAUGCCGGAAGAUGUCCUGGCCAAACACAAGUUGUCCGUGCAGAUCUUGCCGGCGAAAAACCCGCGAUAAAUUUGAUUGAUGCCAUGUGAUUUUUUACUUUUUGUAUUGAUCAUUGUUUUUUCCUUGUCCUGAUAAUGUCCGAUCGCCUGAAAUUAGUUCCAACAAGUGUUCGUGUAUCUGUCUAUCCGGUAAGAUUGUUGCAGUUUUGUUUUUACUAGCAAAUGUAAGUUUUGUAUUUUGAUAGUUUUGCUUGUUUUGACUUUCGCUUGUGAGAGUGGUCACCAGAUUUUUGUUACUCGGACUUGUUGAUGUUGGCUGGAAAUGAAGGCCCUUGCGUGUAUGAUUCGUGAAUGAACAACAAUGAACAACAGG